ACCAAGGCAGGCUUGAGACCCUUGUUCAUAAAUUCUCCCACAUUUCCCAAAAAAGAAUAGAGAAAAAAAGGGUCAUCAUAUUUCGACAAAAUAAAAAUGUUACAAGAAAUUGGUGGUGGUUUGAUGGCAAGGAGGAUUGUGAGGAGUUGCCUGCAGACAUUGUUGAAGGUGAUGAACUGUGUGAUGGCAAUUGUGGGGAUUGCAAUGAUCCUAUAUGGACUGUGGAUGAUUAGGGUUUGGCAGAGAGACAUGAAGGAGGCGGCUUCAUUCUACUCCACUGCUCCCUGGUUUAUAUAUGCUUUUCUGGGACUGGGUUUGGCGGUAUGCCUAAUAACAUGCAUUGGUUACGUUGCAGCCGGCAGUGCAAAUGGUUGUUGCCUCUCUUGUUACGUGACGGUCGUUUCUCUACUCGUCCUGUUCGAGACUGCAAUUUCCGCAGACAUCCUCCUCAAUUCGGACUGGGAAAAGGACUUACCAGAAGAUCCAACGGGAAGAUUUACUGACUUUGAGGACUUUGUUAAGUCGAACUUUGACAUCUUCAAGUGGAUAGGCUUGCUUAUCGCCUUAACCCAGGGUUUAUCAAUACUGUUGAGCAUGGUUCUGAGGUCAAUUGGGUCAUACAGUGAUGACAGUAUCGAAGAUGAUCGGUUUCCGGCAGCAAAGCUUCCGCUACUCAAUCCUUCUCCUCCUCCUCCUCAUCCUUAUCUCGUCAAGGGCGAUCCUCUUUUUGCCCCGAAAAAGUUAUCGCACUCUGAAAAUUACUGCUGAGUUCAACCCAGCAUUCGAUGUUUUCCACCAUUGAAUAUCAUUCCCUUUCCAGUCCUUUGCUCCCCAUAGCCUGCUUUUGGCAUACUGUUCUCAGUUCAGACAGAAGAAUAUUUACUUAUUCGUAUUGAUUAUCAUCGAAGCUCGAGGACUUUUUGGGCAGGAUGCAAGAAAAUACGAACGAGUCUAAUUAAUCAUCUGGAGCGCAUUUGCCCAACAAUCUCAGAAGCUGUCAGGGUCUCAACUGAAAGAACUUUCCCAGCUUAAGGUCGCGUUUGGUUUGAGAGUUGAAUUUUAAUUUUAAUUGAUUGAUUUUGAUUUUAA